CCUUAAGCAGAGGUGUGAAAAGACACAUCCAUACCAUCUCUCAACUCAUUGGUGGCAAAGUGCAGGUAGCUGCACAAAAUGGAUUCAAAGUUACUAUGGUGGAUAUCAAGGAUUCUUUUUUAGAAAAGGGAAUAAAUACCAUCAAAUCCUCCCUUAAAAAACAGUUCAAGGAUGAUGAAAACAAACAAAAAGAAGCAAUCGAAUCUACUCUAUCGAACAUACAAACUACUACUGAUGUUUCUAAAGGUGCAAAAGAUGCAGAUUUGAUAAUUGAAGCCAUCGUAGAAAAUAUUCAAACAAAACAAGAUUUAUUUAAAAAUUUGGACAAUAUUGCUUCUCAAUCUACUAUAUUUGCAUCGAAUACUUCAAGUCUACCAAUUAUAGAAAUUGCAAAUGUAACUAAAAGGGGGGAUAGAUUUGCUGGUUUACAUUUUUUCAAUCCUGUUCCAAGAAUGAAGUUAGUGGAGGUUAUUAAAACUGAAAACACUAGUGAUGAGACAUAUGAAAGUUUGAUGAGUGUUUCGAAGAAAAUGCAGAAAACUCCAGUAUCAUGCAAGGAUACUCCUGGAUUUAUCGUCAAUCGUCUUCUUAUUCCUUACUUAAUGGAAGCAAUUCGUCUUUAUGAACGCGGUGAUGCCACAUCCAAAGAUAUUGAUACUGCCAUGAAAUUGGGUGCUGGUAUGCCAAUGGGACCUUUUGAGUUAUCUGAUUUUGUUGGAUUGGAUACGCUCAAAUCUAUUGUCGAUGGUUGGAGAGAAAAGAAAAAUGUUGAUGCUAACCUUGUUUCUUCGAUUAAAGUCUUGGAUGAUCUUGUUAAGGAAG